AUGACUAGAUCCCACACGAAAUCAAACGAUAACAUAGUUAACCCACAACAUGUUCAAGUUCCAAGAAGCAUACCCGUUCGAGAUUCUCCCAAUGAAUUUCAAAACACAAACCAGUACUAUAGAAACCCUUAUAUGAAUGAUUACGAUCUUUAUUCUACUUUAGAUUCUGGAUCGGUAUCUACUGUCACAUACUUGGAUCAAAACCAGCCUGCUCCAAGAUACACACAAGAAACCAUCGCUACCAAUUUGUCACACGAUAAGAACCCAAAUUCAAGGAUUUCUCACAACUCUGUAACUUCCACAAGUUCUUUGGAAUCGCAACCACAACUCCACAAUGAAAAGAGAUUGUUUUCAUGGCUCUUCUCGAGAGAUGUGCCGCUGAUACCUACUGAAAAUGAAAGAGUGUACUACCCAUGGCAAAAAACCAAUCCAAUCAAACGUAUGGGCUUUUGGUGGUUAUGGCCGGUUUUGAAAAAGGGAUACAAACGCACUUUACAUCCCGAUGAUUUGUUCGUUUUGACACCGCAAUUGAAAGUGGAGUACAUGUAUGAACAAUGGGAGAAACAUAUGAACAAGAUAGUAGGUGGGUACGAAAAGGAGUCAAAGCCUUGGCCUAGGUAUGCAAUCCCAUUGGCAUUGUUUCUCACUUUUAAAUGGCAGUACACAUUUUCAUGCAUUUGCUUAGCAUUGGCAUUUGUUUGUAUUGCAACAUCACCGUUGGUUACGCGACAAUUGAUUGACUUUGUCGAAUACAAGUAUUUUGGAGUCUACACAACUUACAAUAGAGGCAUUGGACUCACCUUUGGAGCUGUUAUUCUUAUAUUUGUCAAUGGGUUGCUACUUAAUCAUUUCUUCCACAAUUCAAUGAUUUGUGGAGCUCAAGCCAAGGCUAUAUUGACCAAGGCGUUGUUGAAGAAGCUGUUUACUUUGAAUGCAAAAUCGAGGUAUUUAUUUCCUGCUGGCCGGGUUACUAGUUUGAUGAGUACCGAUUUAUCAAGAAUUGACUUGGCGAUUGGAUUUCAACCCUUGGUGUUAUGCUUCCCCAUCCCAAUGAUUAUAGCGGUGAUUAUUUUGAUCAUAAAUAUUGGCGUGUCAUCUUUGACAGGUAUCGGAUUGUUUAUCGUAUCACUUGUGAUUUGCGUAUUGUUGAUACAAAAGUUGUACACCACCAGAGAGAAAGUUGUAAAGUACACUGAUGAGCGUGUUUCGUUAAUGAGAGAAAUUUUAAAUAAUCUUAAAGUGAUUAAGUUUUACGCAUGGGAAAUGGCCUACAAGGCAUCAAUAUUGAAAAUCAGACAAAAGGAGAUGAAGUACUUGUUUACCAUUAAGGUUUUGCGUAACUUUAUUACUGCCUACGCAGUAACAAUGCCGGUGUUGACAUCCAUGCUUUCGUUUAUAACUUUAUGGGCCACUGACCAUAUGCAAACUCCAGGAAAAGUUUUCAGUUCGUUGUCAUUGUAUGCAAUUCUCGCCCAAGCCAUUAUGUUACUACCUAUUGCGUUAUCUACAGGAGCUGAUGCGUUGAUUGGUUUUCAAAGAUGCAAUGAUUAUUUAUCAGCUGAGGAGUUCACCGAAGAGAUAAACAAUAGGAUGUUAUCCUACGAAGAUCAGUUCUAUACCGGCGAGAUUAACGAUGUUGCUAUUCAGGUGAAACAUGCAGACUUUACUUGGGAAACUCAUCAAGACGAUUUAGACACGGAAUUAUGGAGCGAGCAUCCGAAGAGUAAGGAGAAGGUACACAAUGACAGUGAUAUUGAUUCAGUGGACACUUUUGCAUCAAUUCAAAAAUUUAAAGGGUUGUCCAAUGUCAAUUUGACAAUCAAGAACGAGGAGCUUGUUAUUAUAACAGGAGUGAUUGGAUCAGGUAAAACAUCGUUGUUGAAUGCCCUUGCUGGCUUCAUGAAGAUCUCCAGCGGAUCCAUUAUCCGCAACAAGGAAGUAUUGCUUUGCUCAACGACUUGGAUACAAAAUGCAACAGUUCGGGAAAACAUUCUUUUUGGUAAGAGAUUUGAUGCGGAAAGGUACAAGCAAGUAUUGUUUGCUUGUGCAUUGGAAGAUGAUAUGGCCAUCUUACCUGCUGGUGACAAAACUGAAAUUGGAGAGCGUGGAAUUACAUUAUCGGGUGGCCAAAAGGCUAGAAUAAAUUUGGCACGUGCUUGUUACGCUGACGCAGAUGUGCUUCUAUUUGACGAUGUCAUUUCUGCUGUUGAUUCCAAGGUUGCAAGACACAUUGUUGUACAUUUAUUCCGUGGGUUGUUACGAGACAAAACCAUUGUUUUAGCCACUCAUCAGUUGGGUAUUCUAGAAUUUGCUGACAAGGUGGUAUUUGUGGACGGCGGUUCAGUAUAUGCCGGCUCCGUUGAUCAAUUAACUGCAGCACGAGAGAGCUUCCGAAAAUUGGUUGAGCAUGGAAGGGAGCCGAAUGAGUCAGAAGAAGAGGAAGAUCUUGCCAAUUCGGAUUACGAUGUCACUUCCGGCAGUCAGAAAUUAACGAAUGAUGAAGAUAAUGAUCUCACAGGCAGAACGACGACUGAUGAAGAACGUGCCACCAAUGCCAUUUCUUGGUCCAUUUACAAAAAGUAUAUUGAUUUGGGAUCCGGUAUUUUUGGCAAAUUUGCCGCUCCUUUGUUUAUUUUCCUUGUUGCUAUUGCAACAUUUUGUCAAGUGUUUACCAAUACUUGGCUCUCGUUUUGAGUGGAGAACAAAUUCAAAGAUCGAAGUGAUCAUUUCUACGUUGCAAUUUACGUCAUGUUUGCCUUCUUGACUGUUAUAUUUACUGGUAUUGAGUUUAGUAUGUUGGCAUAUAUGCAAGAUUGUUCAGCCAACAAACUCAAUUUAAGAGCUGUUGAAAAGAUUUUGCAUGCUCCGAUGUCCUUUAUGGAUACAACACCUUUGGGAAGAAUUUUGAAUAGAUUCACCAAGGAUACCGAUUCUUUAGAUAAUGAAAUUGGCGAGCAAAUGAGGUUGUUUGUCUUUCCAAUGGCGUUGAUUAUUGGUAUCAUUGUAUUGUGUACGUGCUACUUGCCGUAUUUUUCAGUUGCCAUUCCAUUUUUGGGAUUUGCAUUUGUAUUUUUAGCCAAUUUUUAUCAAGGCUCAUCAAGAGAGAUUAAGCGAUUGGAGGCAACUCAGAGGUCAUUGGUUUACAACAAUUUCAAUGAAACCUUGACUGGUAUGUCAACUAUAAAGUCCUUUAAAGCAGAAGAUGACUUUAUAAGGAAAAACGACUACUUUAUCAACAGAAUGAAUGAAGCCUAUUAUUUGUCUAUUGCCACACAGCGUUGGUUAUGCGUUCACUUGGACAUUAUCACAUCAUCUGUUGCGUUGAUUGUUUGUAUGCUUUGCAUCACUGGACAGUUCAACAUUAGUGCUUCAUCGACUGGGUUGUUGUUAAACUACGUUUUACAAUUGGUUGGAGUUUUGUCAUUGACAAUUCGAUCAAUGACUCAAGUAGAAAAUGAAAUGAAUUCGGUUGAGAGGUUACAUGAAUACGCUUAUAGGUUACCACAAGAGGCAGCCUACACCAAAGAAAUUCAACCACCCAAAGAGUGGCCACCUUCUGGAUACGUUACCUUCAAAGACGUUACACUCAGAUACAGACCAAAUUUACCACCAGUGUUACAACACUUGAAUGUCAACUUUUAUCCAGGUGAGAAAGUAGGUAUCUGUGGAAGAACAGGCGCAGGAAAAUCCUCAAUCAUGUCAGCAUUGUACAGAUUAAUUGAAAUAGAGGAUGGUAAAAUUGAAAUAGAUGGAUUGGAUAUUUCAACUAUGGGAUUGUAUGACUUGAGAUCAAAAUUGUCGAUAAUUCCACAAGAUCCUGUAUUAUUCCAAGGUACAAUCAGACGGAACUUGGAUCCAUUUAAUGAGCAUGAAGAUUAUAAGUUGUGGAAAGCAUUGUCCACCGCGGGACUAAUCGCGGAGGAUCAAAUCAAACAAGUUACAUCAAUGAGAUAUUCGCCAUCAGAUGGAACCGGGUACAAUUCGCUUCACAAGUUUCACCUUGAUCGCCUAGUUGACGAUGAUGGUGCAAACUUUUCCCUCGGUGAGAAGCAGUUGAUUGCACUAGCUCGUGCUUUGGUACGUGACACCAAGAUUCUCAUUCUUGACGAAGCAACAAGUUCAGUUGAUUUUGCGACUGAUUCAAGAAUCCAAAACACUAUAAGUUCUGAGUUUAGACAUUGUACAGUAUUGUGUAUUGCCCACAGACUUAAAACGAUUUUGAAUUAUGAUAGGGUGCUUGUUAUGGAUAAAGGUUCAAUUGUGGAAAAGGGUGAUCCAUGGAAAUUGUAUAAUGAAGGAGGAGUUUUUAAGUCAAUGUGUGAUAAAGCCAACAUCAAUGAAUACGAUUUUUAG